AAACAGCCCCAGUUAUGAAUUGAAGGGAGUCAUAUGUUAUUCCCUGCUCCUCCUCCUCCUUCGAACAGGCAUGGCGGAGAAACUGUCGGCAGUGGCGAAGAUUCUAACUCCGUCUCCAAUUCAACAACUGUCGCUACUUGCCCAGAGAUGCAAUGCCGUCAACCUCGCCGAAGGCUUCCCCGAUUUCCCUGCUCCUCCCCACAUCAAGAACGCCGCCAUCUCCGCCAUUGUUUCCGACUUCAAUCAAUACAGGCUUUUUUUGGUUACUCAAGGCAUGUUCAAGGAAUUUGUGACCAUGUGGCUAAGAUUAUGAAACAUAUGCAUGGCUUAGAUUUCAACCCUCUAACGGAUAUAGCUAUUUGCUGUGGUCAAUCUGAGGCAUUCGCAGCAACAAUGUUUGCAACAAUAGACAAAGGUGAUGAAGUCAUUUUGUUUGAUCCUUCGUUUGAGACAUAUGAAGCAUGUAUCAGUAUGGCUGGAGGCAUUCCAGUAUAUGUGCCCCUUGAUCCACCUUUUUGGACUUUGGAUGCUGACAAACUCAUGAAAUCCUUUACUACUAGAACAAAAGCUAUAGUAUUGAACAGCCCUCAUAAUCCAACUGGAAAAGUAUUCACCAAGAAUGAGCUUGAGACAAUUGCUGGAGCUUGCCACACCAGAGAUUGUCUAGCUAUAACUGACGAAGUAUACGAACAUAUAACUUAUGACAAUGAGAAACAUAUAUCCUUGGCCUCACUUCCAGGAAUGCAAAGGCGAACUAUCAUCACAUCUUCCCUGUCCAAGACUUACAGUGUUACAGGUUGGAGAAUUGGAUGGGCAGUUGCUCCUGCAUGUAUUGCAUCUGCAAUUAGAAAUAUCCAUACUAAAUUAACGGACUCUGCUCCAGCACCUUUCCAGGAAGCUGCCUUGACUGCUUUGAGAAGCCCUUUAGAAUACUUUGAAUCGUUGAGAAGAGAUUAUGAAUCAAGAAGAAAUUACACUAUCAAAUUGCUUGCUGGGGUUGGCUUCCAGGUUCAAUUUAAGCCUCAAGGUUCAUUUUUUCUAUUUGCGGAGCUUCCUGAGAAUUGUGCGCUAUCUGAUAUGGAAUUUGUCGAGGAACUAAUUAAACAAGCGGGAGUGGUGGCCGUGCCAGGGUUUGGUUUUUUCCAUAGAAACUUGUAUUUGGAGAAAUUUCCUCCAGUUGAUUAUAGUUAUCAGGAGAGAUAUAUCAGGUUUGCUUUCUGCAAAAGCGAUGCAACUUUGGCUGCUGCUGCACAAAAAAUUGGCGAGCUUGUGGAUUCUUCGGGGCUUCUCAAACUAUUUAAAUUUGAGAGAAUGGCUAUUAAAAUCUGAUUUUUGUAUGAAAGACGCACUGAGAAGGCAAAUGAGAAUUAUUGAGAUGUUAUGUACCUCAUUGAAUUUGUAUGCAUAAACAUUGUUAUUGUUGAGAAACAUAUUAAAGUCUGUCAAAAAUUGAGGAAACAAUGGGGGCUUACAAAAGAAUGUUUUUAGGUCCAACAUAUUUGAAGCCAGAGGCAGCUUAACCUUUUAUGGGAUCUUGAAUACAUGGUGGCUUGGAUGAAAAUGCAUUGUGUUAUCUUUGUCAACAAGGUAUGCUUUAUUCUAUAAGAUAAAAUGAACUUCAUGUGUAAUAUUCAAAUUAAAUUGGUAAUAAUGUUGUUUUGCUACUGGAAAUUUCAAGAAUUUGUGCCAUUACUUUUUGUAGGAGAACCAUGUCCUU